AGCUUUCUAGUCGGACGUAUUUUGUAGUAACACCCUUUCAAAAUGACUUCCAAAACAGACACAACAUGCAAAAUAUUUUCUUUUCAAGACUACAAAUCCUCUCCCGAUCCGAUUUUCGAGAUUUCUGCCGAAUGUUUACAACCAUCACCAGUUCCGAUAAUAAUAGAUAACGGCUCUUUUCAAACAAGGGCCGGUUGGGCAUGCAAAGGGAACGAACUAGGCGCACCGCGCCUUCUGUUCAAGUCCGUGGCGGCGAGGAGCAGAGGGGCAGCGCGAAGUGAAACCCAAAUCGGCAAUGACAUUUCUAACCUCGAGCCUGUGCGAUGGCUCCUGAAAAGCCAGUUUGACCGAAAUGUGGUUGUAAACUUCGAGAUACAGGAACUGAUGUUCGAUUACAUAUUCAGCCACCUCGGAGUUGUGACUGAGGGCAGUGUUGAACAUCCUAUAGUGCUCACAGAGGCGCCCUGCAACCCGCUCCACAGUCGCCAGAUGAUGUCAGAGCUGCUCUUUGAGUGCUACAGAGUUCCUCAUGUGUCCUAUGGCGUAGACUGCCUGUACAGCCUCUACUACAACAAUGCUCUCAGCAACCUCACACACCAAAACACCGGCAUUGUCCUCUCCUCUGGCUACCACUGCUCUCACAUCCUACCCGUUAUCAAUGGAAGGCUGGAUGCAGGGAACUGUAAGCGUGUGAACGUGGGCGGGAGCCAGGCGGCCUCGUAUCUCCAGCGUCUGCUCCAGCUGAAGUACCCUGGUCACCUGGCUGCCGUCACCCUCAGCCGAAUGGAGGAGCUGCUCCACGAACACAGCUACACAGCCACAGACUACCACCAAGAGCUGGAGAAGUGGCGCAGUGUAGAGUUCUAUGAGCAGGAGGUGCACCGCAUGCAGCUGCCCUUCUCUGCCAAGGGGCUGGGCGGCGUGGUGAGUGUGGAGGAGAGGCAGGAGAGACGCACCCAGCAGCUGCGCAGGCUACAGGAGAUCAACGCCCGGCGCAGGGAGGAGAAGCUACAGCAGGACCAAGAGCGGUUGGAUAAACUACUGACAGUGCAGGAGCUGUUGGAGGACGGCUACCUGGAGCAGUUCCAUAAGAACCUGGUACAGCUGAAUAUGGACUCUGCUGAGGAGCUGCAGUCCUACAUCAACAAGCUGAGCCUGGUGGUGGAGCAGGGCAGGCAGCGGCUCUUACAGGCCUCAGAAAUGGAGCAGCCAAUGGAUGAAGGGGACGGGGUGACAGAGAUGGAUCCGGACUUCAGUGAGGAAAACACAGAGACAGAAAAGCCUGUGCAGCCGGUGUUUAACAUGGCAGAGUACCAUCAGCUGUUUGUGGGCACGGAGCGCCUGCGAGUCUCAGAGAUCCUCUUCCAGCCGUCGCUGAUAGGAGAAGACCAGAUGGGCAUGAUGGAGACGCUGCAGUAUGUCUUAGCCGGGUAUACUCCUGAGCAGCAGGAGGCACUGGCCCGUAAUGUGUUCCUGACGGGAGGGAACCUACAGUAUCCAGGUAUGAAGGAGAGGAUAGAGAGAGAGCUGCUGGCCAUGAGGCCCUUCCAGUCGCACUUCCAGGUGAUGAUGGCGUCGAGGCCUGCGGUGGAUGCCUGGUACGGGGCUCGGGACUGGGCCUUGGAGCACCCCCCUGGCGGGGCGGGCUGGAUCAGCCGGCAGGACUACGAGGAGAAGGGCGGUGAGUAUCUGAGCGAGCACUGUGCCUCCAACGUCUUCAUCCCCAUGAAGAUCGCCAAACCAGUCCCGCGCCUUGCUGAACCUUUGUUAGUGCCCAUUACCACGAUGACAGCAGCUUCCCCCGACAGUGUUUCAGCCUCUCCAUCAACCUUCACCUUGGCACCGACCCAAACUUGAACUCCUCCACUUUCUCUCAUGAGCACUUAUGGGAAAGAGCAUAACUAGGUGGGUGCAUCUCACUGUAUAUAUCAUGGUGCUGUGCAUUUUGGGAUUUCAAAUUAGCACAGAUGAUGAUGGACCAAUGGACCACUCAUGUUGAAUAGUUACAACUUUAGACCGGUCUGAAGGCAUUGGGCUGUUUGGUUGUGUUAGUCCUUUUUAUACUUCAUCACAUAAAUGAUUUAGUUUUUUUACCUGUGCAGUUUUUAUAAUACAAUCAAGCUAUGUUUCAGAUUCAGUCAAGGAUAUGUUGUCAACCAAACACCUAGAUACCACAAGCUGGCAUUUUCUGUCAAAUAUUACAAUAAAAACAUACUUUUUGUAUAAGA